AUGGCACCUGUCAACCUUUCCCACAGACGGACGCAUAAUUUGCUCUUGAUCUCGAAACUCUUGAGCUCGCGGGACACGGCGUCGCCCCUUACCCUUGUCCAGGACUCGCUGGAGCAACCGGCCACGCCCCUCUAUAAAGAAUACAUAAGACGUGCCAAGACGGGGUCGAUGCCUUUGUGUCAACUCGUCGCAAGGGCCCCCGUCGAUAUUAUUAAGGAAGUCAGUGCAAUUGCAUCUGCCAACCCAUCGCGCAGACGCCUUAUUCUGAUUGAUUCAAUCAACCCACUAUUGAGCUCAAGAAGAGCUGACCCUAGCUUUCAUCUACCCUCUUUUCUUGGGUCAUUUAUUGCACCCACUUCUCCAACAGCGAAGGUUGACGCAUCACUCGUUGUGACAUAUCAUCAAGAUGUCCCCGAACCUCUACAGCAAAGUCCUUAUUCGCCGUCGCCGAUAUCUGUGUUGACGUAUCUUGCUACGAGCAUUAUCACUCUGCAUUCUUUCUCGCACAUCCUAGCACAGAAAGCUGCUCGAGACCGCAGCCUAGCGCCACCAGUCUUCGGCCUGGAGGAAGAACAGGAAGGCGUUCUACUGGGCCGAUUGGACAAAUUGGCUGGGACUGGUGCAGCAGAGGGAAUCGUGAUUGAGCUGGAGCACAGGCGGAAGAGUGGUCGGGGUGUUUUGGAAUGGUAUCUUCUCCCGCCCGCCUCGCGCUAUUCGCCACAGCACCUGAAAGAAGUGGUGACCCUGCUCGAUGACAAUGUUUUGUACAAUCCUCCUAUGGAGCGACACAUUGGCCCCGAAGAUGAGGAACCCACGUCGACCUUUGAGCUGGGUCUUACUGACAGGCAAAGGCGGGAUAGAGAGGGUGUGGUGCUGCCAUACUUCGAUGCACAGCAAGGGAAUGGGCCUGGUGAAGGUGGUCGGAUUCUUUACGACAUGGGAGAAGAAGAUGACUUUGACGAAGAAGAGGAUGAGAUCUAG